AUGGCCUCUCAAGGAGGCCUCACGCGCAGGCGUGGAGCUGGCGGAGUUACCUCACCGACCGGAGACGAGGAAUCGUCGAGCCGCGUCACAUCACCUGCACCGAAACCCUUUAACGAUCGCUCCCCUGAGACCGCGUACGAGAACGGCGAAAAUGGUCACAAGAUUGCUUACGACCCGAGAGACAUCAGCGAGAACCAGGAGCGGAGUAAACAACCAAAGCUGACGCUGAUGGAAGAAAUCUUAUUGCUUGGACUGAAGGACAAACAGGGCUACCUGUCAUUCUGGAAUGACAAUAUAUCAUACGCCCUGCGAGGGUGCAUCGUGAUCGAACUGGCUUUCAGAGGCCGCAUCGCCAUGCAAAACGACCCGGCCCGUAGACGGUUUCCCCUUGCCGACCGCAUCAUCGAAGUAAUAGACGACACAUUGACGGGAGAGGUCUUACUGGACGAAGCAUUGAAGAUGAUGAAGUCGAGCGAGAAGAUGAGUGUCAGCUCAUGGAUCGACCUGAUGAGUGGGGAAACGUGGAAUCUGAUGAAGAUCGGCUACCAACUGAAACAAGUCCGGGAACGACUCGCCAAAGGACUCGUGGACAAGGGCAUCCUCCGCACCGAGAAGCGCAACUUCCUCCUCUUCGAUAUGGCCACCCACCCGGUCGUAGACUCCGGUGCCAAAGACGAGAUUCGCAAACGUGUCCGCAGUAUUUGCUCCAGCCGCACUGUUGUCCUCCCCCCGUCACAAUUCCUCCCUGCCGAACUCGACUUCAGAAUGCUUCGAACCAUCAGCAUGGUAUGUGCAGCCUAUGCCGCCAAUGUGCUCGAGAACGCUCUGGUGACCAUGAGUCACGAGGCGAGAGAGCGCGCGUUUGCGCAAGUGGACGAACUGCUUGCCGAGUACAGUCAAUGGCCUUUUGCCCGGAGGGCGGGCGGAGGACAGGGCAUUGGAGCAAACAUCGGCCAAGUCAUUGCCGACGAGGUGGAAAAGAAUAAGGAUAAGGAAUUGCAACUUGAGGUCGUCGCGGCAUGUUUGAGCGUAUUCACCAGACUGGAUUCUUUACUAUGA